AUGUUGGGCGCUCAAGACUCGUGGAGACGGAGCCUGUCGAUGACAUCUACGGACCAUGGGAGCGAAGUUUCCUGCAAGAAGAAAGCGGCAAAGAAGGGAUCAAAGAAUAUCCCCCCAGAGCUGUUGAAGGAGAUGCGCAAAAUGGAGAUGAUGUUGAAAUUCAGGAACGAGGUCGACGUUGAUCAGGUUCACAGGGACGUGAUGCGACUAGUCGAGCAGGACGAGAGGAUCGCUCCUGGUGUAAAGAUCAAAAUCUACGAGCUCCUUGUGGCCCUGGCUUGCUACAAUCACAAUGCUGAAUCAGCCAUUCGGUUCUUGGAGGUCCUGAAAGAACUUUCGAUGCCAUCAGAAUCAUCAUACGCCUCCGUGAUCAGAGUUUGUUGUGAAGACCCUGGGACUGCCAAACAUGCCGUGAAACUCCUUGAUGAUUUUGUCUCUAAUAACCCCAAUCGCCUCCGGUUGCGGACGGUCCAACCGUUGCUCCUUACAUUCUUGCAAAACAGAGACUUCGAUAAUUUCGUUGAUCUCUGGAAGAGUGUGCUGAGCGGCCAUCCAGACUUGAUCAAGAGUGCGGCGAACAGCAGCAUCGAGCCGGUUGAACAGCUAUUUGUUGACAUCAUCUCAGCCUUUAGCGAUGUCAUUGUCGGGAAGGUUGGGAAGGAGAGGGAUCUGCUGAUGCUAUCAUUGGAUGAGAUCUUGAAUGAGAUGUCUGAGACGCUCUUGUCUAUCAGUGAGAAGUCAGCGUCGUUGCUCAGCUCGCAGGUGUCCCAUGACAACUGCAAGGUGGUCAACAUGUCGAGCGAAGGAAAGUGCCCACUCAGGUUGUACUUGUAG